AUGUACCGCUACGUGGGCGAAGUGCUGCUGCUGGGCCUGGCAGCUGCCCUGGGCUCCGCGGCCGCGGACUCGGCUAGGUUGCUGGGCCGGGCCCGGGGACAGCCCGCCGCCGCCCCGCAGCCGGGGCUCGCAUUGGCCGCCCGGCGCCACUACAGCGACGCGGUGGCCGACCGCGAGGACGACCCCAACUUCCUCAAGAUGGUGGAGGGCUUCUUCUAUCGCGGCGCCAGCAUCGUGGAGGACAAGCUGGUGGAGGACCUGAGGACCCGGGAGAGCGAGGAGCAGAAGCGGAACCGGGUGCACGGCAUCCUGCGGAUCAUCAAGCCCUGCAACCGUGUGCUGAGUCUCUCCUUCCCUAUCCGGCGUGACGACCGCUCCUGGGAGGUCAUCUAAGGCUACCGGGCCCAGCACAGCCAGCACUGCACACCCUGCAAGGGAGGUAUCCAUUACAGCACUGAUGUGAGUGUAGAUGAAGUAAAAACUUUGGCUUCUCUGAUGACAUACAAGUGUGCAGUGGUUGAUGUGCCGUUUGGGGGUGCUAAAGCUGGUGUUAAGAUCAAUCCCAAGAACUAUACCGAUAAUGAAUUGGAAAAGAUCACAAGGAGGUUCACCAUGGAACUAGCAAAGAAGGGCUUUAUUGGUCCUGGCAUUGAUGUGCCUGCUCCAGACAUGAGCACAGGUGAGCGGGAGAUGUCCUGGAUCGCUGAUACCUAUGUCAGCACCAUAGGGCACUACGAUAUUAAUGCACACGCCUGUGUUACUGGUAAACCCAUCAGCCAAGAGGGCAUCCAUGGACGCAUCUCUGCUGCUGGCCGUGGUGUCUUCCAUAGGAUUGAAAACUUCAUCAGUGAAGCUUCUUACAUGAGCAUUUUAGGAAUGACACCAGGGUUUGGAGAUAAAACAUUUGUUGUUCAGGGAUUUGGUAAUGUGGGCCUACACUCUAUGAGAUAUUUACAUCGUUUUGGUGCUAAGUGUAUUGCUGUUGGUGAGUCUGAUGGGAGUAUAUGGAAUCCAGAUGGUAUUGACCUAAAGGAACUGGAAGACUUCAGAUUGCAACAUGGGUCCAUUCUGGGCUUCCCCAAGGCAAAGCCCUAUGAAGGAAGCAUCUUGGAGGCCGACUGUGACAUACUGAUCCCGGCUGCCCGUGAGAAGCAGUUGACCAAAUCCAGCGCAGCCAGAGUCAAAGCCAAGAUCAUUGCUGAAGGUGCCAACGGGCCAAUCACUCCAGAAGCUGACAAGGUCUUCCUGGAGAGAAACAUUAUGGUUAUUCCAGAUCUCUAUUUGAAUGCUGGAGGAGUGACAGUAUCUUACUUUGAGUGGCUGAAGAAUCUAAAUCAUGUCAGCUAUGGCUGUUUGACCUUCAAAUAUGAAAGGGAUCCUAACUACCACUUGCUCAUGUCUGUUCAAGAGAGUUUAGAAAGAAAAUUUGGAAAGCACGGUGGAACUAUUCCCAUUGUACCCACGGCAGAGUUCCGAGACAGGAUAUCGGGUGCAUCUGAGAAAGACAUCAUGCACUCUGGCUUGGCGUACACAAUGGAGCAUUCUGCCAGGCAAAUUAUGCGCACACACAUGAAGUAUAACCUGGGAUUGGACCUCAGAACAGCUGCCUAUGUCAAUGCCAUUGAGAAAGUCUUCAAAGUGUACAGUGAAGCUGGUGUGAGCUUCACAUAGAUGGAUCAUGGCUGACUUCCUCACUAUCCUCUUCAAGUGUAACUUCUGCAGACCUAUCACAAGUUUACAUGUAACCACAGAAAUCCCUUUCUCUCCUGACUCAUUAAUAAUGGAUACCAUUCUCAACAAGUCAAUCCAAAUCAGCCCGUUGAGAAAGAAAUUAAGGUUAGGGGAUCAUGUACAAGCUGAGUGUGAAAGUAGAAAUCACCUACACCAGAGAGCCAUUUUGGUAUUUUGCCUUUAAAUAAAAAGCCUCCUCCAUCUGGCUGUGCAGCCUUGCUCUGUGGCUUUUCCCAACACAAUCAGUGCUAGUGCUGG